AUGAAGUUUCAACUGGGCUUCAUCGUUGCAGCUGCAAAUGUUUUCGCUUCUGCAUACGCAACUGCAGUCCCGAGAGCUCCCAACGUUGCCGACAAGUGGAUUUCCGUCGAGACUGGGAUCACUUUGCCUGGUGAAAGUAUUCCAGGUAAUGUUACUUUGGCAAAACGAAAUGGAGCAGAGGUUGUUACAUGCUACGAUACGGGCACACAAGUUGACAGGGCACCCGCUACCUCUGUAAUUGACGAUUGGUGCAACAACCACGCCAUUGGCCAAGUUGUAAAAAACGGUGCUAUUAUUUGGGCGCGCUACAAUUAUGGAUCAUUCACCAUCCUAGUCAGCGGGCAGGCUAUAAACGGUUGCUCGUUUAAAGUAGAUAGCAACUGCAACAGACUCCUCAGACUACCUGUUGACAGAUGCAAUACUGAUGGAGAGAAUGGGAAACAGGGAGGAUUCGAAACCGACCUGUGUGGCUCAUGGCGCUUCGACCCAGGCUCCAACGGAAGUGACUUUUAA